CAAAGAGUCACAACCAAUGCAUAUUCAUGGUGGUAGGAAAGCCAGGACAAAACAAUCCAAAUAGCUGGAGCAAAGUCUCCAAGUUUCCAAACGGUUGAGUUAAACAGAGAGGAUGGAGACCGAAUGCGUGCGAGUCGCGGUGAAUAUACGUCCAUUGAUUAUGUCGGAGCUUCUUCACGGUUGCACAGACUGUAUUUCAGUUGUCUCCGGUGAACCUCAGGUGCAAAUAGGAUCACAUUGUUUCACGUAUGACUAUGUGUAUGGUAGCACGGGGGCACCUUCCUCUUCAAUUUACGACGAUUGUGUGGCUCCGCUUGUUGAUGCAUUGUUCCAUGGAUAUAAUGCUACAGUUCUUGCUUACGGUCAGACGGGCUCCGGGAAAACAUACACGAUGGGCACCAAUUAUAACGAAGAGGUGAGUAGUGGUGGAAUUAUACCCAGGGUAAUGGAGACCAUAUUUGACAGAAUUAAGACUACAACAGAUUCCACGGAAUUCUUUAUCAGAGUAUCAUUUAUCGAGAUAUUCAAAGAAGAGGUUUUUGAUUUGCUUGAUUCUAGUACAUCUAAAGGAGAGGCCACAUCUACGACAAAGGUUGCUGCACACCCGACCAGAGUUCCCAUACAAAUCAGAGAAACAUUGAACGGAGGAAUAACACUUGCUGGGGUGACCGAGGCUGAUGUUAAGACAAAAGAUGAAAUGGCAUCGUAUCUCUCAAGUGGUUCAUUGUCACGCGCCACUGGGAGUACCAAUAUGAAUAGUCAAUCAAGUCGUUCACAUGCUAUCUUCACAAUCUCAAUGGAACAAAAGAAUGGUGACGACAUCUUAUGCGCCAAGCUCCAUUUGGUUGAUCUAGCUGGUUCUGAACGAGUGAAACGAACUGGUGCCGAUGGCUUGCGUUUAAAAGAAGGAAUUCAUAUCAACAAGGGUUUAUUAGCUCUUGGAAAUGUAAUAAGUGCACUUGGAGAUGAAAAAAAGCGAAAAGAAGGAGGACAUGUGCCAUAUCGUGAUAGCAAGUUAACGCGCCUACUUCAGGAUUCUCUGGGAGGAAACAGCAAAACUGUGAUGAUAGCAUGUGUUAGUCCAGCCGAUACAAAUGCUGAAGAGACAUUGAACACCUUAAAAUAUGCAAAUCGUGCUCGUAACAUUCAGAACAAGGCAAUUAUUAAUCGAGAUCCAGUGGCAGCUCAGAUGCAGACAAUGCGGAAUCAGAUUGAGCAAUUGCAAGCUGAGCUUCUAUUUUAUAGAGGUGAUACAAGUGGACCUAUCGAGGAGGUUCAGAUUCUUAAAAACAAAAUAUCCUUACUUGAAGCAAGUAAUGCAGAGCUACAACAUGAGCUUAAAAGACGCCAGUUAACGUCUGAGAAUUUUGCCCAACGUGCUCUUGAGACCCAGGUUGAAAGGGACCAACUGCUUUUGAAAAUAGAAUCAAUUCGAAAUGGUAAAUCAUGGGAGGAGAUUGACUCAAAUUCGAAUCAGGAUUAUGCCCUACUGAAAUCUUAUGUUUCAAAGAUCCAAGAUCUGGAAGGAGAAUUGCUUCGAUUGAAAACUUCGAAUGCAACAAAUUCAAGUCAUUUUGUUGAUUGUUUUGAUUCUGAUGACGAUGGAUAUGGAUCAAAACAUGCUUUAUUCGCACCUGAUGAAAUGGAAGAUGAUGAAAAGGAACUAGAACACUCGUCUAUUCAAGAAAAGUUAGAUAAAGAGCUCAAAGAAUUGGAUAGAAAACUUGAACAAAAGGAGGCUGAAAUGAAGCUGUACAGUAGUAAUACUGGUGCUUUAGUUCUCAGGCAUCAUUAUGAAAAGAAACUUCUAGAGAUGGAACAAGAGAAGAAAGUUUUGCAGAAAGAAAUUGAGGAACUCAAGUGCAAUCUUGCGGAUAUUUCAUCCACUUCUGAUGACGGUUCUCAAAUGUUGAAGCAGGAUUAUCUUCAAAAGUUGAAUGCUCUAGAGGCACAGGUAUCUGAGUUGAAAAGGAAGCAAGAAGCUCAAGCUCAAGUCCUGAAACAAAAACAGAAAAGUGAAGAGUUUGCAAAAGGACUUCAGGAUGAGAUACACAGAAUUAAAGCACAAAAGGUUCAUCUUCAAAAUAAGAUUAAGCAGGAAUCAGAACAAUUUAGAUUAUGGAAAGCUUCGCGCGAAAAAGAAGUUCUCCAGCUUAAGAAAGAGGGCAGAAGGAAUGAAUAUGAGAUGCAUAAGUUGUUAGCGUUGAACCAGAGACAAAAGAUGGUAUUGCAAAGGAAGACAGAAGAAGCUUCCUUGGCCACGAAAAGGCUGAAAGAACUUCUGGAAUCUCGAAAAGCUUCCGCACGUGAAACUAUUGGUGUUGGAGGUGGGAAUGGCGUUGGAGUUCAGGCUUUGAUGAAGGCAAUUGAGCAUGAGAUUGAGGUCAAUGUCCGAGUGCAUGAAGUUCGUUCAGAAUGUGAACGUCAAAAGGAAGUGAGGGCUAAAAUGGCUGAGGAGAUGAUGAGGUUAAAGGAAGAAGCACAAAUGGUGAAUCAAAAUAGUGCAAGAAGUGACUGUCCUACAACAAUGUCUCCUGGUGCAAGACAUUCUAGGAUUUUUGCCCUUCAAAACAUGCUUUCGACUUCUUCCGCAACUCUAGUGUCUAUGUUAUCCCAGUUGUCGGAAGCAGAAGAGCAAGAACGAGUUUUCAGUGGUAAAGGGCGUUGGAACCAAGUUCGGUCCCUUGCUGAUGCCAAGAAUUUGAUGAACUAUUUGUUCAAUAUUGCAUCUUCGUCCAGAUGUUCAUUUCGAGAUAAAGAAGUGAUUUACAGAGAGAAGGAAACGGAAAUAAGAGAUUUAAAAGAAAAAGUAGUGUGGCUAAGCUACUCACUUCGACAAUCGGAAAAGAUAAAAGCUGAACUGACUCACAAGUUAGAAUUGCAGAAUGAUGAAUCUUUGAACUCAGAAUAUGUGGGAGAUUCAGAAUAUUCUGACUCGAAUGUUGGAGGUCAUAAGUAUGACUUGCGCACUUCGGAAUACCACCGGUCAUUGGAGGAUAUGGACAUAUCUGAGACAGAGUCAGAUUAUUAUGAUUUCACAGAUGACGACUGGGAAGAAUCGGGAAACUUAAGAGUUAGAAAAAGGAAAUCUAAAACAAACAUUGAAAAUAAUGAAUCCAAUAUCAACAAUUCGGAAGAUUUGGGAGAAAAUUCAAGAGAUUUAUUUGAUACACCUUGGGAAAGUGCAUCAGAUAUUUGCUGCCCUUGUAGCAGAACCUCAUCAUGCAAGACGACAAAAUGCAUCUGCAAAGCAAUGGGCAGCAGUUGUGGGAGUUCUUGUGGUUGCCAAGUAAAUAAGUGCGCGAACAGAGCAUCGAUAUCAAAUGUGUCACGGGAAGGUCCAGCACAAUCUGCAAGUAUUGAAGAAACAGAGAAAGAUCGUAUUCUUGUUACUCAAGGUGCAGAGUUACUUCAGGGGGCACUGGUUGAUAGGCAUCCCGAGACAAACAAUGAUCAAGGGCACAGAAAACCUCUCUCUGACAUAGGAAAUACACAGAUGAAAUCAAAUGCGAAGAACCAUAAUCCGAAAAAGAAAUUGACGAAAUCCACAGUAAUUAUUGUUCCUUAUCUAGAAGCUUCUUCGCAGCCAGAGAAUUUGGAAAUCCAAGUCCCCAGACUCAACCUUAAACACAAAAAAGAAAGUAGUAACACUAGUGAAGCAAAUGUUGCUGUGAAUAAAGAUAAAGAUAGACCACACAGAAGGUCUAAAUCCAGGCCUGAAAACGCUGCCUCAGUCCCUAGGGCAGAGGGUAAUUUUGUGGAACCAGAUGUACCCGUCAACACACGAAGGAGUGCCCGAAGGUCAUCGUCAUCAAAUACCAAUGGCGUCCCAUUGUGGGACAGGAAUGCUGCAAGUAAGUCAGAUGAACCUCAAGUGUUUGAAACAAGAACUCCAGUGCGAUACAAAAGAACACUAGACGAGAAAGAGAACAACAAUAGACGUUGAUCACAUUCGUUUCUUACAAUUUUCUUCAUUCAUGUUUAUAGAAAACAAACACUAGAUUUUCAUGUUUAUAUCACUGUUUUGGCUCCAUUUUUUUGGUUCUUAUACUAUUUACUAUUUAAGCAUUCCUAGGGGGCCAUUUUCAGGUUAGGUCAAAAUACGUUGACUUGAAAGCUCUUUUGUAAAUAAAUUUUCAAGGUCUUUU